AUGAAAAUAGGGAAAGGAGCAAUUCAGAGAAGAAACGGCCUGGAGAGAAAAAUAAUAGGCUUUCUGUUUCUGGUUUGCAUCAGCAUGUUUUUGCUCAUAUUUUUAGUGCCUUUUCUGGGGUCGAUAUUGUUUUUGUCCGGGAUAAAAAAGAAUCUGAACAAUAUAGUCAUAAACCAGCUGGAUCUCACACAGGAGGACGCAAUAAACAUAAACAUGGGGUAUCUGGGCGGCUCUCCUCUAUUUAGCAUCCAGGCAAAGGAUGUAAAGAUAGGGCUGUCUACGUCCAGAAACGAGCAGCCUCUUGGAUACCUCUACAGCAACAAGAUCGACAUACAGAAGAACAAGGAAACAAGCAUUGCGUGCAACAUGAGCUAUGCAGUGCACAACAAAAGAAGAGAAAUACCUGAAGAAUUCCUGCUAAAGAUUGAAAAUCAUAUUUUAUUUACUUUCCAGGGAACGAUCUUUUUCAAGAUAAACAAGAGGCUGCCGGGCAUUAGCAUUCCCGUGGUUUUUCCAUACACUCUCGGUCUUUUUAUCGGUAACAGCCAGCCCAAAUACGAAAAGCUAGUUGACAGAGUGAAAGAGCCAGGAGAGAGCCUUCCAACAAAGGAAAGAGCCAGCCUUCCUAUCAAUGUGCUCUGGUAUAAGAUGGAAGAGACUUUCCAGAAAGUGGUGCUCUUCGGCGCCUUCGAGUACAUAAAUAUGCCAGCGUGUGUCUCAGCCAAUCUGCCGGCAAUAGGCGUAAAUAUCUUCCUGAAUGGAAGCGCAAUAGGCCACCUAGAUCUCAGCGCGCAGGAGCUUGUGAACGGAAAGCCAAAAAACUCUCUCUCUUUCAAAAUAACACACACCAUUGAAAAUAUCAUCCAUCUGCGCCGGUGUUUGGAAGACUACUUUGAGAAAAAGGUGCUGGAGCUGACUUUUGACAUUGAGAAGAUGGACACGCAGAUGCAUAUGCCCUUUUCAUUCCACUACGAAGUCAUCAAGCAAAUUGCCAGUAUUUACAUAAACAGAAUUGUGCGCUCAGAAGAAAAAAAGAGUAUGCAGAUAAAAGACACGCCGCUUUUUGAGAUGCAGAUAAACGAUGUUAACCACAACGGAUUUGUAUGCAGAAUGGUGUUUAAUGAAGAGAUAUUCCCGUACACAGGGAUCGCAAAAUGCAUCAACUCGGGGAAUCUGCUCGAUGCGAACAUUAAGCUCGUUUUGAACGAUGAAACUACUCUGUGCGGAACUGCAAGACACUACGGAAGGGCAGAGCAUGAAAUCAACAGCAAGGCUGAUGCUGUGGACGAAAACUACAGGAACUCUGAGGACUAUUUAACGAUCUGCUCAAGCGUAUUCUUUCCCUUCAGCUUCAACAGCACCGAGAAAGUGCUUACCAAGCUGAAAAAAGAAGGCCCCAUUAUUAGAAAGGUGGAAAUAUCCAUUGACAAAAAAAGUGACUCCAUUCUCAACAUUCUUCUCUGCAGCCUUGGGCUUAGAUGGCGGGAGAGCAAGGGGAUGUGUGUGGGAUUCACGUGGAUAGAUCCUCAAUCAUUGAGCCAGGAGACGAAGCCGCACUGCGCAAACUACAAAAUAGACGUGGAGCUGGCAGAGGAAACAAACGCACUGUACAACCUGCACAAAAGAGAUGAAAAUAGUGAAAAUAGCGAUGAUAGGAUUUCGUACACACUUGAGCCUUCUAAAACACACAGAAAAGAAGAAUACGCGUCCAAAGCUGUUCCAUUUAUAAGGGCAAAGAUAGACAUGGAAAAAAAAGACGAAAUAGAAAACUUUGUGCGGGUGAAGUGGUCCCAUCUGAACAUUGUCUACAGCUACAGGAGUGUGCCUGUCACAAUAGGGUUGAUUGAUGGGUACAUCGACAUACUCGCAGGCCCAUCUACCUCCGAGUGGAGCAUAAGAAGCGAUAAGCUCCUGGAGAUGUACAUGUUUAUUGGCCAGCACUUCACAGCUAAGACAAUGACAAAGUAUCACAACCCAUUUAUAUACAUCUACAACAAAGACUUUGCAGAUUCCGUCUAUACGAUGAAUCCCAUUUCCAUAAAAACAAAUCUCUCCCCGCCUGACAGCACAUCUCCAUCGAGCGAUAACUCUAACCACUUAGACAGCAUGAUAUUCAGCAUAAUAAACAACACCUCUACAAAGAUUUGGUCAAGCAAAAGGCUGUGCCAAAUCACAAAAACAAUAGGAGGAUCUCUGCACAUAAAAGAAACAGCGCCUGUGAGCAAAAAGAAAAUGAAUUUGAUCAACCGCCUGCUGAAUAUCAAUAUACACAUUCCUGGCAUCUGCAUCGUAGCCAAGAGCCAAAAGACCAACAUAAUAGGAGGUAUAGUGAAGAGUGAGCCUGCAGUAAUCAAGCUGUCAAAGGUCUCCACUAUGCCCUUUUCUUUGACAGCGCACUCAAAAGAAGACUCGAGGCUGGGCAGCGAUUUUAAAGUGCAGUUCAGCGAGUUUAUGCUCCUGAACAUGUCUAAAAUGGAUUUCAUCGGGGUAAAUAACAGCUUUUUUCCCCUCAGCCGAAGCGCCAAAAUAUUCACAAAAAUGUACUUCAGCUUGAUCAGCACGCAGGACGAAAAAGAGAACAAAACAAUGAAGAAAUCGAUGAGCCAGGUGCAGAUUGGGAAGGCAGACAUGCUUAAGAAAAAGAUCAAUUUGUCCGUAAAUAUGAGCAUGGAAGAGAACAACUACACGACCCUGCAGAGCACAUUUUUGUACGGAGGAAGCCCUCUGAUAACAGGCGAGCCCUCUGGCACAUAUGUUGAACGCGUGCUAAGCUUGCCUGGUGUGUAUCUUAGAGUGUUCCAUGAAGACAAAAUGAUGGUGCAUUUUGAUCUGAACUACGACAUAAUCUACAAGACAAAUGAGACAGGCACUUCACAGGUCAAAAUGAUCAUGCAGGUGAGCAACGACAUGUUCAACGUGCUCACAGGCUCCCAAAAGCCCUCAGGAAGCCCAAUGGAGUGCAGGCUGGGGUACAUAAACAGCGAAGGCGUGUCAUUCCAGCUCUUCAAAAUGACCGAUCUUGACCCAAGAGAGACGUAUCUGCAUGGAAUUAGAAAAUGGUCAACGCACUUGAAAAACGAUAAAAAAGCCGUUAAAACUCAGAAAAAACAGAGCAUGUAUGAUACCUUCAUUAAGUCAAUGAGCAUAAAGCUAGGAUGCAUAACAAGCAUCAUAGUGCAGAACGGAGACAUUCUCGUGAACAAUAACGAAAAGAGAGAAGACGAUGAUCCGUUGCAGUACUUCAGCAUAUCAGCGAAAAAGAAAAAGCACAAUGACUCGCUGCUUCUGCAGUCCAUGUACAGCACGCUGUUAAACUCCAAAACAAAAUUCACUAAUAUGAUCAAAUUCGAAGACAGAGACCUAAAAACAGACAGAGUUAGUAGCACAAUAGAGAUGGACUCAGGGUACAGAAAGCUUACAAAUGUAGAUGACUACAGCAGCAUGCUACCAGGGCUGAACUGUGUGAACGUGAAUGUUCCCUUCACAGCUAGCAAUGGAAUACUCGAUGAAUUCAAAAUAGGAAAAAUCUUUUCUCAUCUUAUUGGAUCGCUUGACAGCACAAAAAGAGAGAUAGGCGUAGACUUUCAGCUGCAGAACUUUUCCAUAUGCCAGCUGACCUGCAGCAAUGCGCUGAACACAGACCCCAUUAUUGUUCUGGUCAAUGAGAUGGUGUUUACGCACAACGAAACAAUCCCAUUCUCCGAAAACAGCGAAUCAGAGACAAAAAACGACUUGAACAACUGCAUCAAAACCAAUCUAUCGUUUAUAUUUCCGCAUCUUUUCAGCGUGUCCUAUGAGUCUCAGCCCAUGCUUGAAAUGUCUCCCCCUCUGGAGUUUAUAAAAUACUCUCUCAAUGAAUGGAACAGCUCGCUCCACGCGAAUUCUGAACAGAACCAAGAGUCAGGCGAAGUCACAUCGUUCAUCAUGAACACAAUCAACAGAAUAAUCUUUGGGGUGAACUCGCUUAAGCAAAUAAUUACCUCUGUGAAAGAAAAUGUGGGGCUUCUAUUCUCGAUAAACUAUUACUGCAUAGAUAAGAAGUGGAAACCUGAAGAGAUGAAGAGCAUAAGAGGCGUGAGAGAAAGAGAGGUAUACGGUGCGCUAACAUGGUCUGCCCAUACUGAGGUAAAAGUAGCACAUCCAAUCACGCAAAACUCUCUUUGUCUAUUUGCCCAGUACAAAGACACGCCAUUGUUCAGCGCCAACCUAAAAAUCAGCAAAAAAGAGCACAAGUUUACACACGCGCUGCCCCUUUGGGUGUACAACAAUACUUUUGACAGACUUAUUGGGAAGUCGUAUGGACACAACUCCAUAGAAAAAACCAAAGAGGACAAUCUUUGUCUGUAUCUAAUUAUUGAGAAGAAAGUAGUUGGGUAUGUAAUGCUGAACAGAGCCAUUUUCGACGAGCUGAUCUUUGAGCAUCCAGACAACAACAACUCCUAUGCGGUUGGGCGUAGCAUAAAGAACAUGCUCUACCCGCAGCUUAUAGCAGUCAUAAAGUACAUUGUGAAGUCUCUCAGCAAAAAAAUAGUCAGCCGAAAAAAAGACUUAUACGGCCACAAUAUAGACGCAUCCCAGCUGUUCAAUCUGCUCAAUGAGCUCAACAAUAUGAACCUAAAUGCAAACACAAUCACCCGGCCUGUUGUUCAUAGUUCAAUAUAA